AGCUAGUGCAGCAUGCAUAUUCCGCUUGGCGCUCCGAUCCCUUAUUCUUGGACCGGCCGCGCAAUCUUCUUGUCGCCAUCGCCAUCUCCGUCCAUCUCGACAGGCCGGUGCGUGCCGUUCUGCUGCUCGAUUGAUCUCCUGGUGGUGACCUGCAUUUCCGUCGUCGUCCAUAUUGCUUGUUCCACCGGAAUCUGCAGGCCACCGGCCGGCGACAGAGGGGCGUUAAGGAAGGGUACGGUGGCUCGAGCAAUCAUCAGCAGGUGCAUUAAUUGCCUGCUCAUCUGAUCCCUCCCGCUGGUCUUGACUCUUGAGCUCUUGGCGCAACGAUCGUCCUUCUCCGAUCUUGCUGCUUGCAAUUGCAAGAGGCAGAUCGAUCAACAAGUUAGCUAAUAAGGAGCAACGAAGACGCAAACAGCUAGUUGUGUGUUGCUUAUAUUAACCGAUCGACGACGAUCGAGGGCCUGGAUCGAUAUAUAUAGAGUAUAGACGAUGAAGCCGGCGGGCACCCUCAAGUCCCGGCGAGGCAGUGCCGGGGACGAGGAGGAGACCUACAUCGGCUUCCCGGUGACCCCGCGCAAAGACUACUGCUGGUCGUCGUGGCUGCUCAAGGCCGUGAUGGCGCUGGUGAUCCUGAUGGCCGGCGUGCUCAUCGGGCUGUCGUCCAGCGCCAACGUGUCGCGCUACUACUACUACAGCAGCAUUGGGUCCUCGUCGCUGUUGUUAUCUUCUUCCUCCCUGCACGCAGCCGGCAGUGGUGCUGGUAAUAAGAAGAACAAUGGCGAUGUCGUCGCUUCCAGCAGUUCCUCCGGCAGUAAUAAUAAUAAUAAGAAGAAGAGGAAGAAGAUGAUGACGACGGAAGAUGAUCAUGAAGCUCCACCUCUUCCACCGGUGCUUCUGGACUUCCAUGGUUUCGUGGACCCCGGCCCGCCAUGGGGCCACUCGAUGUCGGACCCGGAGCUGUUCUGGCGGGCGUCCAUGGCGCCGCGCAUGGAGGAGUACCCGUUCCAGCGCGUGCCCAAGGUGGCGUUCCUGUUCCUGACGCGCGGGCCACUGCCGUUCGCGCCGCUGUGGGAGCGCUUCUUCCACGGCCACGAGGGGCUCUACUCGGUGUACGUGCACGCGCUGCCGGGCUACGCGGGGCGCUACCGGCCGUCGUCGCCGUUCCACGGGCGGCAGAUCCCGAGCGGGGAGGUGUCGUGGGGUUCCAUCACGCUGGUGGACGCGGAGAAGCGGCUGCUGGCCAACGCGCUGCUGGACUGGUCCAACCAGCGCUUCGUGCUGGUGUCGGAGAGCUGCGUGCCGGUGUUCAACUUCCGGACGGUGUACGAGUACCUGGUGAACUCGGCGAUGAGCUACGUGGAGUCGUACAACAUCGACGUGCCGCAGUGCGCGGGGCGGUACAACCCGCGGAUGGCGCCGGAGGUGCUGGAGGAGCACUGGCGCAAGGGCUCCGAGUGGUUCGAGAUGAGCCGGGACCUCGCCGUCGACGUGGUGGCGGACCAGCGCUACUACGUGCUGUUCCGGCGCCACUGCACGCCGUCGUGCUACCCGGACGAGCACUACAUCCCGACGUUCCUGCACCUGCGCCACGGCGCGGGCAAUGCCAACCGGACGGUGACCUGGGUGGACUGGUCGCGGGGGGGCCCACACCCGGCGCGCUUCGGCAAGGCGGCCACCACGUCCGACCUGAUGGCCGCCAUCCGCAGCAACGGCACGCUGUGCCUGUACAACGGCAAGCCCACCACGGUCUGCUACCUCUUCGCCAGAAAGUUCGCGCCCAGCGCGCUACCCACGCUGCUCAACCUCAGCACCACGCUGCUAGACUUCUGAAUUACUCCUAUAUUUCUUUUUUCUUGUUCCAUUUGAGUGAGGUGACAGACUGAACCUCGAUGCGAUUGAUAUUGAUUGAUCGUCCCAAAAAUAAUGGUAAUGCUUGUAUCCAUGUCCGUCA